ACUUAAGCCACCUGCCUUUUCAUGUGCUGAAGACUUACUACAGCCAGGCCAACUGUGAUAUUUUAUUCCCCAUCUGUAAACACCUGUUAGUUCUGAAGAUUCCUCCUACUAAAACUAGUAUCAACAAAGGCUACCAUGCUGACCUUAGCCCAGAUCGCGGUGAUUUCAAGUCUGUUCAUUUCAUUACCAUUUGGGAGGCCUCAGAAACAAAAUCCAAGAAGAAAUGUAACUCAGCACAUUAUAGAAGAUGUGAAAAUGAGAAACAAAUCCAUUCAUUUGGAAAGAAGCGUAAAUAUAACUUCAGAGAAUGGAAGUGAUAUCUCCAACCUCAUGGUGACAGCUCCUUCUCUUUUGGAUUUAUCCACGACCUACAAAACAACAAAUUCCACCAGAAACUGGCCAACAACUAGCUUAGCUGUGAGUCCAAGACCCUCCUCCACACAUUCCACUCCUCCCUUGGUUCAGGGCUUUGUUUCCAAGUUGCCUUUGAAUUCAUCUACAGCAGAUGUAAAUCCUUUACAGGUCUCAGAACAUUCCAAGUCUACUACAUAUUCCCCAUCAUCAAAAAACUUUACUUGGUCUUUGGACAAUGACAUGAUGAACAGUUCUAAAGAUAUUUCCAGUACAGUAAGCCCCUUCCCUCUACCUGCAAAGACCACAUCCGAGACUCCUUUCAGAAGUGAACCUACUACUGGAUGGCUUCCCAUAAACAAUGACAACUUUGCUGGUUUUACCCCAUAUCAAGAAAAGACAACUUUACAACCCACCUUAAAAUUCACCAAUAAUUCAAAACUUUUCCCGAAUACAUCAGACACCCCAAAAGGGAAUAAGAACACAGGAAUAGUAUUUGGAGCCAUUUUAGGAGCUAUCCUGGGUGCUUCACUGCUUAGCCUCGUUGGCUACUUAUUGUGUGGACAACGGAAAACAGAUUCAUUUUCCCAUCAGCGACUUUAUGAUGACAGAAAUGAACCAGUUCUGCGAUUAGACAGUGCACCAGAACCUUAUGAUGUCAAUUUUGGAAAUUCUAGUUACUACAACCCAGCUGUGAGUGAUCCAUCCAUGCCCGAAGGUGGAGAAAGUGUGCGUGACGGCAUUCCCAUGGAUGCUAUACCUCCACUUCGCACCUCCAUAUAAAACUGGAAGAAAGAUGGCUGCCAAGGGCAAGAGUUCAUCUCCAUUUUGACCUUUCAUCAUUCAAGAGGUUGUGCAAGGUCACUGCUGUGCUUCUUGCACAAGAAAUGGCUGAAGAAGGAGGGGUUUCGAAAAAAAAGAAAAAGCAGGGUGGAUCCAUCACCUAUAAGCUUUCUGUUCUUACAGUCUUCAGCUGGGCUGAAGCAUGUGUUACAUAACCAUAAUUUGUAUUUUGGUUUAUUUUCCAAGGAAACCUUUGUGGAAUAAGGCAAAAUCAAUUCAUAUAACCAUGGUAGCACUGACUGAUAACUUAACAAUGACCAUUCUUCACACAUAAUCUGGGGACCAAAACUAGGUUUUCUUUAAAUAUUUUGUUUUUAAACAAGAAACCAGAGUUAACUCUUCAUUCCUCUUGUCUAUAAUGCAGGGCUACAGAAUUAAACAAACAUUUUCUUGGGGACAUAGUUUGGAUGAUAUAUAUAUAUAUAUUUUUUUGCUGGUUUGUUUCAAAGCCAGAAAUAUGAUAUGGCAGAAUUUUUGGUCCUGAGAAAUUAAGGCAAUAAGAAUGAAAAGCUUGUCUUCUGAUACAUUUCACCCUUCUACAGUAUCACACGUGGUCAAUCCCUUUGGCUGCCAUGUUGACAAUGGGGGCAUUCAACAGGGCCACAGGAGGAAAACUGACUCUACCCAGGAAACUGAUAUCUUCCCUGAAAGUCCCCAAAGUUUUAAGUAACUUCAGCUUGCAUGAGUACACAUCAGGUUUCAGUUAAUUAGGCACCUUAAAAUCUCAAUUGGAAACAUGAGGAAAAGGCUGAAGUAUAAACUUGUACAUAGUACAAAUUUAACUUGUUAGUUAGAAAUAGAAUUUGCAGUACAUAAUAGAUGUUUGUUCAGACAUAUGUGAAAUAUCUGUCCCUCUAAAGGCAUGAAGUACAGGGCAAAACAGCAAAGAGAGUUAGCAAGCAAAGACAUCAUCACUUGAACAAGUAAGGAUACAAGAGAUUUAAUUCUGGUUUUAGUUUGUUUUCAAUCAACACCUGUCUUUUGACAGUCUGAGUCUCAAAGAUUAGAGAAUUAAAUAGAGUUAAAUUCCCAAGAAGUGAAUGAUUCAACAAAGCAAGUACUAUCUUAGAGGUUUUAUUGUUGAAUCAACAGAUGGUAUGAGCAGCACUUAUGUCUCUCUCUCUCUCUCUCUCUCUCUCUCUCUCUCUCUGUCUGUCUG